GAAGGAAGGCAUAAUGGAGCAGAGCAGUUGUGGGCGUUGUCGGGUUUGAGUGACGAGUAAAGCGAACGACUAUUAUCUCUCUCUUUCUCUCACUCUCCUAUUUCACUUUCAAUUUCAAUUCAACCUUUUUCUUUCUUCAAAUUUAGGGUUUCCAAUUCAAAUUCAAAUUAGGGUUUUCAUGUUCUACGAAUUCCAAGUUUUAAUGUCUUAUAAAUGGAUAUUUUCUCUAACUUCUCCCAACCCUUCCUUCUCGCCGUUACUGUAACCGCCCUCUGUUUCUUCAUCGCUCUCUUCUCUUUCUUUCGAACAUUCUCCCUCAGUAGAAGAUUCACCCCGUCAACAAAGCACUGCAACUGCGCCUCUUCCGAUUCCAAUUCCGACGCUGUUGUACCCUACUUGAACGGUGGUUUUUCUCAAAUGACGGAGAUCAGUCCUCCGCCGGUUGUGUUGGCUGAUCGUCGCACGGGUUCUUCGAUGAUGGAGGAACUUGUUCCGGAGAUUACUACGCACGCGCUUAGUUACUUGGAUUAUCCCAGUUUGUGUCGUCUUUCUAUGACCAAUUCUUUGAUGCGUAAGGCUGCUAAUGAUGAUAAUGCCUGGAAAGCCCUCUAUCACAAGGACUUCACAUUGGAACAAGAUAGUGUUAGACCAAGCAAUGGGUGGAAGGCUUACUAUGCUGCCACAAGAGCAAUUGUGAUUGUUAAUACAGAAUUCUUCAAUAUUUUAAGAGAUAAGUCCAUUUCGGCAAUGAGUCGUUUUUGGCUUAACGCAGAUUAUGUGAAGUGCGUCCAUGCCUCAGGAGAACUUUUCUCAGGGUAUAAUGGAGUAAUGCAGAGCUGGCAACUCGUAUUCAACUGGGAUCAAGGAUUGAACUUUCAGGUUCGGGAUGUACGUGCUCGGGUUUUGACAGACAUGGCUUGGGUUACCAUGAAAACAUAUGUUGACAUGGAUACAGGGCCGUUCAAUGUGACCAAUGUCUUCGAGUUCCAUAAUGGACGGUGGUACAUGGUUCAUCAUCACAGUUCCGUGAUGAAUGGGGAUGUGGAGCAACAAAUUGUGCAUGGAUGAUAAUAAGAGAUGAUAUAUUAUGUCUGAUACUGGUGUUAGAAACGUGGUUUUUUUAGCAGAAGCUCUGCUUGAAAUUUUUCGUAAUUGGAAUAUCUUAUUUAUUUUGAAGUUUCGAAUCUC